GUACUUUAGUGGCACAAUGUACUCUGAGUGGAGGUCGCUCCAUUUGGUGAUUCAGAAUGAUCAGGGCCAUACCAGUGUGCUGCACAGCUAUCCUGAGAGUGUUGGGCGAGAGGUGGCAAACGCAGUGGUCCGUCCCCUUGGGCAGGCCUUAGGGACCCCUUCAGUGGCUGGUAGUGAGUGUUUGCUAAAGACCGACAAAGAAGUAAAAUGGACUAUGGAAGUAAUUUGUUAUGGACUGACCCUUCCAUUGGAUGGAGAAACUGUAAAAUACUGUGUUGAUGUGUAUACAGAAUGGAUUAUGGCUUUAGUGUUGCCGAAAGAUUCUAUUCCGUUACCGGUUGUUAAAGAGCCUAAUCUGUAUGUCCAAAGUAUACUGAAGCACCUGCAAAAUCUUUUUGUACCAAGGCAGGAACAGGGCUCCAAUCAAAUCCGACUAUGCUUACAAGUCCUGCGAGCCAUCCAGAAACUAGCCCAUGAGUCAUCCCUCAUGGCCCGAGAGACAUGGGAAGUCUUACUCUUGUUUCUUCUGCAGAUUAAUGACAUUCUUCUGGCCCCACCAACUAUUCAAGGUGGCAUUGCUGAGAAUCUAGCAGAGAAGUUGAUUGGUGUUCUCUUUGAGGUUUGGUUACUAGCUUGUACUCGGUGCUUCCCCACACCUCCUUACUGGAAAACAGCCAAGGAAAUGGUGGCUAACUGGAGGCAUCAUCCGGCGGUGGUGGAGCAGUGGAGCAAGGUCAUCUGUGCACUCACUUCAAGAUUGCUACGCUUUACAUACGGUCCUUCAUUCCCUCCAUUUAAAGUUCCUGAUGAGGAUGCCAGUCUGAUUCCUCCUGAUAUGGAUAAUGAGUGUGUUGCACAGACAUGGUUUCGAUUUUUACAUAUGUUAAGUAAUCCUGUGGAUUUGAGUCACCCAGCUAUUAUAAGCUCUACUCCCAAAUUUCAGGAACAGUUCUUGAAUGUCAGCGGAAUGCCACAAGAAUUGAAUCAGUAUCCCUGCCUUCAACAUCUGCCGCAAAUAUUUUUUCGUGCCAUGCGUGGAAUCAGCUGUCUAGUGGAUGCAUUCCUAGGUAUUUCUAGACCCCGAUCAGACAGUGCUCCCCCAACACCCGUGAAUAGAUUAAGUAUGCCUCAAAGCACUGCUGUCAGUACCACCCCGCCACAUAACCGGAGGCACCGGGCUGUUACUGUGAAUAAGGCUACCAUGAAGACAAGCACAGUUAGUACGGCUCAUGCCUCAAAAGUUCAGCACCAGACAUCCUCCACCUCUCCUCUGUCAAGUCCAAACCAGACCAGUUCAGAACCCCGGCCAUUGCCCGCACCUCGGAGACCAAAGGUUAACAGCAUCUUGAAUCUCUUCGGAUCAUGGUUAUUCGAUGCAGCAUUUGUACACUGUAAACUUCAUAAUGGGAUAAACAGAGACAACAGCAUGACUGCAUCUUUUAUCCAAAUUCUUCUUUCUUAUAAAUCUUCCAUUACGACACAAGCUAGCAUGGAGUUUCGACGGAAAGGGUCGCAAAUGUCCACAGACACCAUGGUUUCCAAUCCUAUGUUUGAUGCAAGUGACUUUCCCGAUAACUAUGAAGCAGGACGAGCCGAGGCUUGUGGGACACUGUGUAGGAUUUUUUGUAGCAAGAAGACUGGAGAAGAGAUUCUGCCAGCUUAUUUAUCCAGAUUUUACAUGCUUUUAAUUCAAGGUUUGCAGAUAAAUGAUUUUAUGUGCCAUCCUGUGUUGGCCAGCGUUAUUCUAAACUCUCCUCCUUUGUUCUGCUGUGACUUGAAAGGGAUUGAUGUUGUGGUUCCUUACUUUAUUUCAGCUCUUGAAACCAUUUUGCCUGACAGAGAACUCUCAAAAUUUAAAAGCUAUGUAAAUCCAACAGAAUUGAGAAGAUCUUCCAUUAAUAUCCUCCUUUCUUUGUUGCCCCUUCCUCAUCAUUUUGGCACAGUCAAAUCAGAGGUGGUCCUGGAAGGAAAGUUUAGUAAUGAUGACAACUCUUCAUAUGAUAAACCGAUAACUUUUCUGUCCCUCAAGUUGAGACUUGUGAAUAUACUAAUAGGUGCCUUGCAAACAGAAACAGACCCCAACAACACUCAAAUGAUAUUAGGGGCAAUGUUAAAUAUUGUUCAAGAUUCAGCACUUUUAGAAGCCAUUGGUUGCCAAAUGGAGAUGGGUGGUGGAGAAAAUAACUUGAAGAGUCAUAGUCGAACUAAUAGUGGUAUUAGUUCAGCAAGUGGUGGAAGCACAGAGCCCACAACUCCUGACAGUGAAAGACCUGCUCAGGCGCUCCUAAGGGAUUAUGGAUCCACAGCUCUUAAUACAGAUUCAGCUGCUGGGCUCCUGAUUCGCAGCAUUCACCUCGUCACUCAGAGACUCAACUCCCAGUGGCGGCAGGACAUGAGCAUCUCACUGGCAGCUCUCGAGCUCCUCUCUGGUCUGGCAAAGGUGAAGGUGCUGGUUGACUCAGGAGAACGGAAGCGAGCCAUCAGUUCCGUGUGCAGCUAUAUCGUGUACCAGUGUAGUAGGCCGGCUCCGCUGCACUCCCGGGAUCUGCACUCCAUGAUUGUGGCAGCUUUUCAGUGUCUCUGUGUCUGGCUGACGGAGCACCCUGAUAUGCUUGAUGAGAAGGACUGCCUUAAGGAAGUACUUGAAAUUGUGGAACUGGGUAUCUCAGGAAGUAAGUCUAAGAAUAGUGAGCAAGAGGUCAAGUACAAAGGAGAUAAGGAGCCAAACCCUGCGUCUAUGAGGGUAAAGGAUGCUGCUGAAGCCACCCUAACAUGUAUCAUGCAAUUGCUUGGUGCAUUUCCUUCACCCAGUGGCCCUGCCUCUCCUUGUAGUCUGGUGAAUGAGACCACGUUGGUUAAGUACUCCAGACUGCCGACCAUAAACAAGCAUAGUUUCCGGUACUUUGUCUUGGAUAACAGUGUCAUCCUGGCAAUGCUGGAGCAGCCUCUUGGAAACGAACAGAAUGAUUUUUUCCCUUCUGUCACUGUGCUGGUCCGGGGAACAUCUGGAAGACUUGCUUGGGCACAACAGCUUUGCCUUUUACCCAGAGGAGCAAAAGCAAACCAGAAGCUUUUUGUUCCUGAACCCCGUCCUGUUCCUAAAAAUGAUGUUGGGUUUAAAUAUACUGUGAAGCAUCGACCAUUUCCUGAAGAGGUAGACAAGAUUCCUUUCGUGAAAGCAGAUCUGAGCAUUCCAGACUUGCAUGAAAUCGUCACUGAAGAAUUAGAAGAGAGACAUGAAAAAUUAAGGAAUGGCAUGGCUCAGCAGAUUGCAUAUGAAAUACACCUUGAACAGCAAAGUGAGGAGGAAUUACGGAAGAAAAGCUUUCCUGAUCCAAUUACGGACUGUAAGCCGCCACCUCCUGCACAGGAAUUCCAAACAGCACGCCUUUUCCUUUCACACUUUGGAUUUUUAUCAUUAGAAGCAUUGAAGGAACCUGCGAAUAGUCGUCUACCUCCUCACCUUAUUGCACUUGACUCCACGAUACCUGGAUUUUUUGAUGACCUUGGGUAUCUGGACCUCUUGCCAUGUCGUCCCUUUGACACAGUUUUUGUUUUCUAUAUGAAGCCAGGCCAGAAGACAAACCAAGAGAUUUUAAAGAAUGUGGAGUCUUCCAGAAGUGUUCAGCCACAUUUCCUAGAGUUUUUGCUCUCCCUUGGCUGGUCAGUAGAUGUGGGAAGACAUCCUGGUUGGACAGGACAUGUCUCCACCAGUUGGUCUAUUAAUAUUUGUGAUGAUGGUGAAAGCUCUGAACAAGAUGAAGUAAUUUCCUCUGAAGAUGUUGGGGCUAGCAUUUUCAAUGGACAGAAGAAGGUGCUGUAUUAUGCUGAUGCCCUGACAGAAAUAGCUUUUGUGGUUCCUUCUCCUGUGGAAUCUUUAACUGAUUCAUUAGAAAGUAACAUCUCGGACCAAGAUAGUGAUUCAAAUAUGGAUCUUAUGCCAGGAAUUCUAAAACAGCCAUCCCUGACACUUGAGCUUUUCCCCAAUCAUACAGACAAUCUUAAUUCCUCACAGAGGCUCAGUCCCAGUUCCAGAAUGAAGAUGCUGCCUCAGGGGCGCCCUGUGCCUCCCCUAGGACCUGAGACCAGAGUUUCUGUAGUCUGGGUGGAACGCUAUGACGAUAUCGAAAAUUUUCCCCUUUCAGACCUGAUGACAGAGAUCAGUACUGGUGUGGAAACUACUGCAAAUAGUAGCACUUCUCUCAGAUCAACCACUCUUGAAAAAGAAGUCCCUGUCAUCUUCAUCCACCCUUUAAACACUGGAUUAUUCCGGAUAAAAACUCAAGGAGCCACUGGAAAGUUCAACAUGGUCAUCCCUCUCGUGGACGGGAUGAUCGUCAGCAGGCGAGCACUUGGGUUCCUGGUGAGGCAAACUGUCAUUAAUAUUUGUAGAAGAAAGAGACUGGAGAGCGACUCCUACAGUCCACCCCAUGUGCGCCGGAAACAGAAGAUCACCGACAUUGUCAACAAGUACCGCAAUAAGCAGUUGGAGCCAGAGUUUUAUACGUCACUGUUCCAGGAGGUUGGACUACAGAGCUGCAGUUCUUAGACCACUGUCUGUCUGCAAUGGUCUAACUCCAGUUUCGGGGGCUAUGAUAUCAAAGCCAACUACUUGACAGGUGAUCACUGUACAAAUAAAAGCAAAUCACUCCUUAAGAGCUUACUGUUUAAUCACCAGACUAGAAGAAGCGCAUUGUAAACCCAUUUGAUAGAAGACUUUUUUUGGCUUCUUAGUGAAAUGGGCUCCCAGACACAAUCAGAUUCCUGCUGGUAAUGACAUUAAACGUUUUAGCCAUAAACUUUCUUUUUAAAGUGACAAUUUCAGUGAAAUGUAAGCCUUUGCAGGAGAAAGGCUUGUAUGCAUCUCAGUUAAAUGUGUGCAUUGGUAGGUAGUAUCAACAAGUUUGCAAAUUAGAAGUUGAAGAUAGUUUUAUACCUCACUUUAGGAGGUUGUGAUUAAAAUCUGUCCAGAAUCUCCUAGGACAUUAAGAACUCAACAGUGCCGAUCGCCUGGCGGAGCAGGAAAGAGCUCGGCCUCUGCUCGCUCGUGGGCCCACUUUCUGUCCCGCUGUCCGACUGACGAAAAGAAGACGGUUUUUGCUCAGAUCAGAAAUCUGACAUUAAAAAUGUCCUAUUUUCUCUCUACCCUUCACAAAGUUGCCAGUCUCGUCACCAUACAGCGGAUCCGUGUGAAGGCCCCGGUUCCUGGGCAACCAGGAUCCGCUCCCUCACGGAGUACAGUGCCCUGUACUUGCAUGGGGCGCAGAGAUCUGUAGCACUAGAAGCUGGAUGGCAGCAGUGAUCCUGCACUCUCCACAGGGGCCGGCAUGGUGGCAGGACGUCAGGUGGCACACUUGUGUCCCUUGGUUAAAGAUCAAGAGGUGUGCAUUCACAACAAGGACUGACGAUGACUUGGUCUCAUGCACUGUUUCUUACUUCAGGACCAAGCAGGAAACUGCACUGGUUUAUGAAGGAUUCUAAUUUGAGGCUUAGGAACUAGCUUCCUGGAGCUAGUGAUUCCAAUCUCUCUCAGAAAGCUACUGGAUUUCAUCAUCGACAAGCAUUGGUGGCCACCUCCUUAGGUGGCUGGUCUUAGAAAUGGUGACGGUUGUUUUCUGGACUUUGCCAGCUGAUGGCACCACAAGUCCCUGUCAGGGUUUGGAACGACUUGUGUUACCUUGCUGCUACUUUUCUGCCAGGGAUGAACACUGAGGUGGCCGGAGCAGCACAUCCUUAUGCGAUGCUUGCUACAGUGCUAGAGGGGACACUGCUCAUCUCUCCUGUCCUGUUUGAUUUCUGCUUUCUAAAUUAUGAUGAUUUUGUAUUAUGAACACAAGUGACAUUUGAAUUCCAAAGAGGCGUGAUCACAGGUGUAUAAGGGGUGUUCUCCCCGCCCUGCCCGCCCCCCCCCAAAACUGGUGUCAGUAGGUUGUGUAGAUCAGACCUCCUAUGGUCCGGUUCAGUUACUGCUCUUGCUUUGGUGGUUUCAGUGGGGGAGAAGGGGAGUGUAGGACCUGGUGCCCUGUGCAGUUAUUUCUAUUCCAGAACUAUGGGCAUAGCAGCUGUUGGUUUUAUGUUUGCCAUACCCUUGUUUUCCUGUUUGUUUUAAGCUCAGGUAAAGAUAACUUCUUCCUCUUAUGACUCCACUUUCCAUUCAGGGUUUCCUAUCAUUCAACAAUUGACUUCCUUUUUAAGCUGGGCGAAAAAGUGAUGCUCCCAGAUGGUAACAUGGGGGAAGGGUCCAUAAUAAGAUUGGCCCGUCCUACCCUAAAUUAUGUUUCAGUAAUUACAGCAUAGUUCCAGAUUGAGCAUUUCAAGUGAAAGUGGGCCCAUGUUCUAUUGAAGUGAGCAAAAGGCUGUAAGUUGAUGUGCAACUUAGAACAUUCCAGAGGUUACAAAGAACUGAUGUAGAUAUCCAUCCUCAGUAUGAUUCUUCUGAUGAAACUUUUACCUUUGGCAUAGUUUUAAGGUCAGAAAAAUGUAUUGGGGUGGGGGAGGGUGUUGGAGGUAGGUUUGCUGAUCCUGUAAUUAGCCCGAGUCUGGCAACUUUGUGUAAUUCUAAUUGCUUUGUUAAGUGGACAGCCAUGUGGAGUGGGACGUGUAACUGGGAAGACUUUGUGGUCUCCCAGAGGAGGAGGGGUAAGUUCUGACAUAUGCAGCUCUCAAUUGCCGGAGAGCCCCCAAUGUGGGCAGCAGCAGCAGCAGAAAAUGGGGUAUCCUUCCCUAGUCGAGGGUUGGUCUCCUCUCACAGUGGCACCUACAAAAAAGAUCCUGCUCUUGGAUCUUCCAUAGUGUGGGUUUGAGUUCAUGGUCACUGAGUUCACCCGACUGACUUUGUGAAGACCACUUUGAGUAGAAUGAUGCCAGAGGAAGAUACUCGUUCUUGGUUGUUAUCUUGAGUGGUCUGCCUGGUGAAUGCAAUAGCAUGUGUUCACCACACCUUGGGGCGAGGGUUGCACAGCAGUUCCUGCGUGAAGUGGGAGCAUGUGGGAAGGAGGGAGGCCAACCCAGGGAAUAGCGGAUGGAGUCUUCCUCUCUGGUUCGGAGCGCUGAGGACAGCGAGGAGGGCUCUUUCCUCUUUCACCCUUCCCUUUUCAGCCAUUGCUUCCUGCAAAGAACCCCUUCUUCUCCUUCAGCCCUUUCAAAGGAAUUGUUGUGUGGCGGCUUGACCAAUCCCAUCCCUGCCCAUCCCACCCCCCACUACUACCACUAACAACACAACACAUAUCCUGUCCUCCAGUUUGAACUCUUCCUAUCAGAGCAAGCCCAUUUUCCUUGGACUCAUUUAUAAAUAACAAAAUCUAUCCAUGUUUGGCUUGUAAUGUCAGUUGCCUUCAGGCGGUGUGCGUGGUUGCUUCCUAUACACCGGGCAGCAUGAAGGUUAGAGGCUCAGGCUUCGAGGAAACUUCGCUCGCACUGGGAGUCUUCCCCACCUCCCCUCCCCAAGCCACGGUGUGUGGCUGGUGAGGACUGUCUGGCACAGUUCCUGGCGGUAGUUCUCCAUUCAGCACGUUAAAGCCCGGCGGUCUAGUUUUCUUAAAAUGAGAGUUCACUCGUUGAUUCACAUGAAAUGGCCACUUGACUUCAGUCAUCUCUUUCAAAGCUUUCCAUCACAGCCUCCUCUCCUGCCACGGAGUGGGGAGGGUGGGGUUGGGCAGGCAGUCACCCCUCUGUCCAGUGUGGAAUCUAAGUGUGGGCUUCUCCGUGGCUAAGAAGCCAUGUACUCUGUAGUGUUUUUCUCAGAACAUCAAUGCCUGUUCAGAUGCUCUUCUUUUUUAGCGGUGAGGGUAUAGGUGUCAUUUGGGAUUCCACAGUGCCUUGCAUAUAGUAGGCGCCCCAGUAAAUAGUUGUUGAGUCAAACCCAAGUUUCCCAAGCCCUCGUCUCAUGGUGACCAAGAACAUCUUUCUCCUCUGAAGGGCUUGGCAGUUGUGGCUUUAAAAAAAAAAGCAGUAUCAUUAUUUGCUUGAAAUCAUAUAUACAAUUUGUAUGAAUUUCAGUAUGUUGCCAAGACAUAAUCUUUUUCUUACUGUAUUUUCUGUAAAUAUUUCUGGCACUGAACUGUAAAGUUAAGGCAAACUGUAAAUAUGAAGAUAUGAAGGUGUCUCCAUGUCCCCUCGCCUCCUGUGUUCGACCUUCUGUCAGGGGAGAAGGCCCAGAGGCUUGUUUGUAUUUAUGCCGAUUCUUUGUCCAGAAGAAACCCAUGGAAUAUUGAAUGUAAUACAUUUAGUCAAUUAAAUUUUAAGGAGAUUCUUA